AUGGCGGUCUCGAUACUUGCACUGAGCGUGGCAGGCGCACUUGUCGCGUUCUUCCUCAUACGUCCUCGCCUCCAGGCCUCCAAGUCCAACAUCGACUUUCCUCCAGGACCUCCUACCAUACCAUUCCUCGGUAACCUCCAUCAAAUACCGUUGACGAAACCAUUCAUUCAGUUCGCGGCAUGGAGCCGCACGUACGGAUCGCACGGCCUCGUCGGCCUGUCACUCGGACCCAGCAACAAAGCCGUCGUCCUCAACACCUGGCAAUCCGUGCGCGAUCUCCUCGAUCAACGCGGGGCCCUCUACUCGUCCCGGCCGUACGUGCCUAUCGUGGAAUACGUGCUACCCCCGCCCGGUGACAUCCAUCUCGUCUUUUUGCGGUAUGGUCCCAAGUGGAGGAAGGAGAGGAAGACAAUCACGGACUUCUUGAAGGACGAAAAAGUUGAUAAGCUUUUGCUGUUGCAAGAUGCUGAAUCGUCACAAAUGAUGCAUGAGCUGCUGUGUAAUCCUGCUCAUUACCACGACCACAUUUUGCGGUACUUUGGCGCCAUCAUCAUGUCAAGCGUCUUUGGCACCCGUGGAAAGGAUUUCAGCGAUGAGGGAAAGAUCAAGAAGUUCUUCGAAUGCCAAGCGGAGUGGGCAGGAAUGCUGGAUCAGGGAGCUGUUCCCCCAUUCGAUGUGCUGCCAUUUCUGAAAUAUGUCCCGGAUUUCCUGACGCCCUGGCGAGGUUGGAAACUUAGAGCUGCAGACCUCAAGUUGAAACAGAACGGAUUGUAUCACGACCUUUUCGAGGAAGCCAAAGCACGCAUCAGUCAGGGGAAGGCUGAAGACAGCUUCGUAGCAGGGCUUUUGCGUGAUAACGAAAAAGAAGGCUACAGCGACCUUGAUUUGGAGUACAUCGCCGGCUUUUUGAUGGAGGGAGGCUCGGACACAACUGCCGGUGCUUUUGAAACAUUUGUUUUGGCAAUGGCUGCGUAUCCCGAUAUCCAGAAAAGAGCUCAAGCAGAAGUGGAUGCAGUAUUUGGCGAGGGUGGUAUACGUGCUGAACGUCUAAAUGCAGAAACAUUGCCCUAUAUCAAGGCUUGUUUCCUCGAGACUCUCAGAUGGCGACCAGGGUUUCCCAUGGCUAUCCCUCACGCAACAACUCGCGACGACGUUUACGAGGGCUACAACAUCCCCGCUGAGACUACCAUUCUCAUGAACAUCUGGGCUAUCAACCAUGAUUCAGACGAGUUCGAGGAUCCGGACACUUUCGAACCGGAUCGAUUCAUGAAGGAUCCACUGGGUGUCAAGAGUCGCGAUAAAUCCAAGGCGGAAGCUGAAGAUCAAUCGCGGCGGCCGACUUACAGCUUCGGGGCCGGAAGAAGGAUCUGCGCCGGUCAGCGCAUGGCUGAGAACAGCAUGUUGAUGACCAUGUCCAAGCUACUUUGGUGCUUUGACGUCGUGGCGGGGGAUACGAUGCCGGAUACUUCGAUGCAGACUGCUUUCAAAGAUGCGAUCCUGACUGGGCCAAAGGCUUUUGAUGUCAGCUUCAAAGUGCGUGGCGAGGAUCGGCAGAAGCAUCUUGUUGAGAAAUGGACAAAGGCAGACGCAUGGCUGAAGAGGUUUGAGUGA